CUCUUUCUUUUCAUCAUCAUUCACCAUCGUCAACGCUCAUCGUCUUUUAAUCAAGUUGAGCAAUCGUCCUUCCCAUCCUUUACUUUUUCUUUUCUCUCCCGUCCUGGCCUUAGCACCUGGACCAUCCCCUCAAGUAAGGUCCUUCGCUGUCGCCAACCUAGCACGCUGAGUGAAACAUUCAGACCCACUACGGCAGUAUACCAGAGCAAGCGACUCCAAUUUACAUAAAGGGCACCUACGGAUACAUAGCCAAUGGCAGGUUCAUCCCGCUACAAUGGCCCAGGAGCCGCCCUUCGCGGACAACCCCGUGCACCAAGGCAGCAAUCCAGGCCUCGCGACGAUACAGCUGAAAGCCCAUCUUCGUAUCCCACAGACAGGCAGCGAAAUUACGCCGAUGGUGCCCAAAAGGACCUCCCAGUCACCAACAGCCCACGCUCAUACGCUUCAAAUUCGUCCCACCAACGUAAAUGGAGCGAUGCCUCAUCUCUGCAAGGCGGUGCAUUGCCGCCUAUGCAUCAGCAACCAUAUCACGGCUCGCAGAACUACCCAUACAGCAACAGCAAUCAUUCACCUUACAUGGGUCCAUCCUCAGGAUCACCCGCCUCACCACCACCAUUGUCCCCGUCCCCUUCCUCGUCCUCCUCAUACUAUAAUCCUACAGAUCAGCGCGGGCAUGGCUACGGCCACCCUCAGUCCCAAAAUUCGUAUGGUUCAUCGCAAAGACAACAUCAGCAACAACAGCCUUCUCAGAACCGAUCCAACCAGCAUGCUGGACCGGGGGGAUUGCAGUCCGGUACCAGUGUGUACGGUCACAAUAGCCCUUACGAUCAAAGCCCUAUGAUGUCUCCGACUACCCCGGACAGUUGGCGCUCUCCUCCUGGUCCUCGUGGUUACCAAACACCACAAUAUUCGCCCUCGACCCAGUAUCGCCCACAAGGACUGCAGAAACCGCGCUCUACCGCCUCUUCAGUUUCGAAUGAUGACCAUGGCAGACAUCAUGGCCAGUCCAGUAACUACAACAACGAGUACGAUUCCGACGACUACUAUAAUCGCCAGGGUGACCGCUCCGCUCCAGACUAUGGCCAAAGACCAACGAAGGACCAAGGACAAGGACGCUUCAUAGACGAUCGGGGAGCACGAGCUCUCAGCUACUCGACAUCCAUUGCCUCCAAUACUUCUUCGGUCUUAGCGGCGAGGAGAGAGAGAAAUGAACGCAACGAGCGCAACGAGCGCAACCGGCGCCAAAAGCAGGCCCAUGCAGAUGAGUGGCUCACCUCUCCUACGGGGACAGAGAAUGAAACCGAAAUCCUGCCCUGGAGCGAUGAUGAGGCCAUUGUGACAAAGGCCGUACGAUCGCCCCCUACCGGGUACUCUAACGAGAAGUCCCUGCCUCCUAUUCCAGGCUGGGAUCCACAACAGCAGCAUUACGGAGGGGGAGCGGAACCAGACACAGUUAAGGUAGAGGUUGGGGGAACCACUACUGUCAUCCCCACGACUAACGAGGGCACUGGGAUCAACUUUAUCAAGGAUAUAUCCAGCCCAAGCUCGCCUCCUCCAGCUCCGCGAUACAACAAUGCAUCUCAGGGACCAUCGAGCGCCGCCCAGAGCAUGACAGGCGCGGCUACUUCUCUUCGAGCAGCAGCGUUUGGAGACCAGAAAUCCAAGGCUGUGGAUUCAGCCAAACGCGAGCCACCAUCAAGGCCACAGCACCCAUCUAAGGAGCAUACAUCGCGCGAUUGGGACGGAAAACGGAUCAGCCUGGAUGAUAUGCUCUCUAGCCCUGCACAAACUGGUCAUGACAGCCGACAGCAAGCUGUGGACAGCUGGCGCACAUCCCCACCACUGCGUGCCCGGGAGGACAAUUCUUCUUUUACAGAGCUAAAGAACAAGCGUCGCAGUAGUUUGCCAGAAAAGUCCAUCCCCAACUGGAACGAACACACUCAGAAUUGGAGGAGCAGCAUUGGUCAAAGACGACCUUCGUGGAUGGCGAACACUAAAGGGCUCCAUGAUGACAUUGACGAAAUCAAAGACAAGAACGACUUUUCACGCAGGAAAGAAGACUGGGCUAAGCAAGACCAGGAAUCGAAUACGAACACAGGAAAUAUUGCUGGAACGACGAGCAAAGAUACAAAGGCCACUGAUGUUAACAAGCGCCAGUCUGAUCGAAGCAGUUUGCGUCGUCGAUCGCGAUCGUGGUCUCCACGGCCUGCCCUCUCGCGGAGCAGCUCCUCCGGAUCUAUUGCCAAGGCACCAGCAGACAACAAGGAUGGUGAUAAGAACCAUGUAUCCUCGGCUGCACGUCGACGCGACUCGUUUGCCUCAACCAUCUCCCGGUCCAUCUCGCCAUCGCCAUCCCGGUCGCGUUCUCGUUCUCCCCGACGACGAUCGCAUGAUGUGAGGUCUCGUGGCUCGUUUUCAAGAUCGAGAUCUCGUUCCCUCCACUCGCGCUCUAGAUCAAGGUCAAGAGGCAGCCGUGGUUCUCGCUAUAGUUCUCGGUCACGUUCCCAUUCGCCGAUCAACCAAACUGAAGUCAAGAAAGCCGACAGAUCAGCUCAACGGAAUGGCGAGCGCGAUUCUUCUAGGUUUUCAUGGCGGUCAACUGAUAGCGCCACCAACAACCGCCGUUCCUGGGAGUCAAUGGCUCAAGGAGCGCAGCAGACGGAUGCAUCUAAGAGCAGGAAGCCGAAUGAGCCUGCAGUGCGAGGAACCGGUGGACCGCGGUAUUCAACCGCCGGAGAAGAAGAUCUUACAGAUUUUGAAGACAGUUAUGAUCUGCACAAGGGCAAAGGCGCCGAUAUCGAUAGAUCGGCUCCGGCAGCGGAGAGCAAAGGAGCUGCAUCGCAUCCGGAUAAAGGCGGCCGCCAUAUGGAUUCGGACGCAGAAAGUAUGGACUCUCCCCCACUUAAAGUCCAGUACGCGCGAAGAGCAGCUCCAGACAAUGACGAUGACGAGUCCAUUUCCUCCAAGCAUCCAGUGUCCAUCAUCUCGACAUUCAGUUUGCCUCCAGCAAAAUCUCCGAUGUCUCCUCCGAUGCCUCCUCCAAUGCCAAGUUCUUAUCCUUUGGCGGACGGCACCAAACCAAGAAUGCCGCCACCUCCGCCUAUCCCGGACUCUCCUCCUCAGUCCGCAACGCAGAGCCAGUCGUUGAUAACUUCUAUUACUACAGUUUCGAUCGAAGCCGCGACAUCCACGCUGCAAAGCUCGAGAGUAUCUGUCGACAGCUUUAAGAACGUACCCGGUCAUGUCGGUGCUAAUGUACACAGGAAGGGCCAGACUGAUACGGAUAUCGAAUCAGAUUUUGAGACGGAUGCUGAAUCCACGAGCUAUAAUCGGGACAGAUCUCCAAUACAGCCUUCGUAUGUUUCGAUGACGACGACCACCGGCAGAAAUGAAGAACACCCGAGUGCAGCUUCGUCUCCUCCUUCAUACCCUUCGACGGCACCAUCAUCCAACCCCAUCAGCAUCAAUACAAGCCAACUGUCAAGAAAUGCGUCAGCAGCGAGCUCUGUCAGCGUCAUGUCGGCCCGCUCAGCGCGUUCUUUCAUGUCGUCCUCGUCCGCUCAUUCAGCCUCGUCCAUUCUUCCAGGAUCGCCGCCUCCGCAAAGAGCCCCACCUCCCAUUCCAGCCAUGGACUCUGGAGCCGGCACUGCGACUGUGGGAUCCGGACUUUUCGCAACAGCCAAGCGUUCAGUCAGCGGAGGAAGCGCUCGUGGGGCUCGUUCAGGGCUCAGUAAACAGAUCUUGCCCCCGGUCAUUCCACCACCUCCAGGUCCCCCGCCAGAGAUGUCUGGGAACAAGCCUUUGUAUGGAAUCAUUCCCCCUCCGAUCCCAUCCUCUUUCAGUGUUCCUUCUGCAGGUGCGCCUUCUAGCGUCACCCAAGGCGCUGAAGCCGCUGCGGCGACGACAACGUCAUCUGCGGUUCAGAUUCAAAUGUUGGCUGAUGAAGACCAGAGUAGAUCUCAGAUGGGUGCCAUCUCUGUGGAGACUGACGAGCGCCUGCUGACACGACUCAACAACCGGAUCGCACAGCUGGAAAAAGAACUAGAGUUUGCCCAUCAGGAUCUGGAAGCUAACCAGGAUGAUAUGGUAGAGUUGCAAAACAAGGUCCAGGAUUUGGAGAGUGAGUUGAGUGAGCUCUCUCAGAGCUCAAAGGCCAAGAUGGAAGCGCAAAACAUUGAAGAGCUUAAGGCUGCCAAGGAUGCAUGGGAACAAGAACGUGUACAGCUGAACAAGGAUAUGGAGCGCCUUCGGGAAGAGCAUCAAGAUGAGCUUGAGGCAGGCUUUCAGAGAGAACGAUCCAAGCAUGCGAUGGAAAUCGAGCAGCUGGCUUUGGAUCAUGCAGCUGACCUGAAAGAUCACUUGGCCAAGGCAGCAGAGGAGCUGGAAGAUUUGCGCGAUGAACACUCAAGGGCCCUAGAGGAGCAAAAGGACGAGCUGUCGAUGGCGCAUCAACAGGUGGUAGACGAUCUGCACAGUCGUAUUGAAUCUUUGGAGACUCAGCAAGCGAAAGAACUGGAGAUGCAGCGUGCAGACAUCGAAGCCAAGUCUCUGGAGCAGCAGCAGCAACUGGAGGCCCGUCUGGAAUCAGCCCUCGAAGAGAACAUCAAAGCCCUAGAAAAACUCAAGGACAGUCAUCAGCACGAGAUCGCCGAUUUCGUGCAACGAUAUGAAGAGUUGGAAUUGUCGCUGACGGCUGCUUCGGCAGACCGGGACAAGGCUGUUGCGGGUUUGAGUCAUCACAAAAAGGAGACAGAGCAGGCCCUGGAUCGGCUCGAGGCCGUUUUGGCAGAGGACAAGAAGGCGCAUGCUCAGUUGAUCCAAGACUUGGAGACCAAGGCCAAGAGGCUGGAGGGCCGUGUCGCGGAGUUGGAAUCAGAGUUGCAGGAGCUCAUGCAGGAUAACGUCCAGAUCGUUGAAGAGAUGCAGAGGCGCGAAGAGUCUUGGGCCCAGGAGCGGGCUCUGUUGCGCUCAGCACAGGAGGACGAGGAUGGGCAGGGAGCAAGACUGCAGGAGAUCCAUGAGCAGCUGGUGGCCAUGACUGAAUCCAAGCGACAGGCGGAUGCUCAGUUCCAGGGCAUCGUCAAGGGCUUGUUGCGUGAAGCCUCAGCCCACAAGAAGGAGAUCGAGGAGCUCAAGUCUGCAGUGGAGCAGGAGCGACAAGACAAAGAGCAGGAGCGACAGGGCAAAGAGCAGGAGCGACAGGACAGGGGUCAAAUUCACGAGCAGCUAGAGUCACUUCAGCAGCAAAAACAAGCCCUUGAGGACGAACGAGCUGCACUGAUUCGCGAGAUGGAGCAGGAACGACAGGGCAAAGAACAGGAGCGACAGGGUAGAGAGCAAAUUUACGAGCAGCUCGAAUCGCUUCAGCAGCAAAAGCAAGUCCUUGAGGCUGAACGAGCUGUACUGAUGCGCGAGAUGGAGCAGGAGCGACAAGGCAAAGAACAGGAGCGACAGGACAGGGGUCAAAUUCACGAGCAGCUCGAAUCGCUUCAGCAGCAAAAGCAAGCCCUUGAGGCUGAGCGAGCUGCACUGAUGCGCGAGGUGGAGCAGGAGCGACAAGGCAAAGAACAAGAGCGACAGGGUAGGGAGCAAAUUUACGAGCAGCUCGAGUCGCUUCAACAGCAGAAGCAAGCCCUUGAGGACGAACGAGCUGCACUGAUGCGCGAGAAGGAGCAGGCGGAUCAGAAAUGGAAAGCGCUGGAAAAGAAUCGAGAGGAGACCGAGGCCCGAUUGGAGACUUUGAAGCGUAGUGGCAGCGAGGCCAUGGCGACCAUCCAGAGCGAGUUGGAGAGCCGCCUGAGAGAGCAGGAACAGGUCUUGGAGUCUGAGAGGUCAAAGGCCCGAGAGCUGGAGAGCGCACUGGAGCAGGGUCUUUCCAAGGCCCGGGACGACUUGCAGAAGGAGCAGUUUGUGUGGAAGACACGUCUGGACCAGGUCGAGGCAGCAUUGAAGACCAAGGAGGCCCAGGUGCGAAAACUCGAGCAGGAGGCAGAUGCAACGAUCAAGAUCCAGAAUGAUCUGUUGCAGAGCAUGGAACGCGAUGCAGCUAACUCGACCAAGAAGCUGGAGGCCAGCUUGAUGGCGAAGAUGAAGGAUAUGGAGCAGACUUUUGAAGGAGAAAAGAAACAUAUCCAGCAACAGACGGAACAGGAGAUGUUACAGCGAUUUGAGCAGGAAUCGGCUAAAAAGGAGACGCAUUUGCAGCAACAGCUCGAGGCGAUUCAUCAGCAAGAGUUGGCGAUGGCCAAGCAAGAGUUUGCGGCGGUGCACGAGCAACAGCUGCGUGCAUUGAAGCAGCAGCACGACGUGGCACUGGAACAGACCAGCAUGUCCUCCCAGCAGGUGUCGAGGUCGCUGGAGGAACAACUAGAGAAGCUGCAGCAGCAGAGCGAGCAGGAGCGGUCGGAGAAGGAGGUGGCGAUCAAGGACCGCACGUUCCUGGAGAGGAGGAUGGCCGGUCACGACCGCCGUCAGAAGGAGCUGGAGGAGAGUCUCGAGUCCUUACAGCAGCAGUUGGACCAGUCGCGUGCCAAGUCUGGGCAGGAACUGCAGGAGGUCGAGCGGUCGAAGAUGAGCCUGGAGCGCAAGCUGGGUAUGGCCAAGGAGGAUGUAGAGGAGCUGAACAAGAUCCGAGACGAGCUGGAGAACGAUCGGGACGAGCUGCGGGCAGAGCUGCAGCGACUCAAGAAGGCUUCAAGCAAGUCGUCUGGUUCUGGUUCUGGCUCAGGUGCAGACAAUGCGGCGUGGGAGGCCGAGCGACGCAAGUUGCAGGAGCAGGUGCGCAAGUUGGAGGAUGAGGUGCAGAUCAUGUUGGAGAAGAACAUGAAUUUGACGAUCGAAUUGAGCAUGCGCGGAUAGUGCUUGGAGCUUGCUGGGGGGG